UCAUACCCGGAAGUACGGUGAUGCAGUAACGCAGACAGUCGGCUUAUUUACCUUUAUUCAAAACAGGCUUGCGAGCUAGUUACUGUUAAAAUGGCAACAUAUAGGAUUUCUGCAUGUAUUUGCCUUCGUUAAGAUGGCUGGUUAGGUUUCAAAUCGUUUCACAACCAGUAAAUUGUUCAACUGACGUGAGUGACCUCGAGCUGAUGUGAACGCAGAAGAACAACGAUCAAUAACAUGUCGGCAGAAUUCACUCUUCCCGGUUCUGACCGACCCAUAAUGGACGAGGAUGAUGUUAACAACCAGCCCAGCCCGUCCCCAUCCCACAGCCCCCCUGCGUCAGGAGAACCUGAUCAAGAGGACCAAACAGAACCAACCAAAACCUUUUCUCACGGUUGUCUGGACUGUGGGAAAGAGUUUUCUCGCCCAUGUGACCUGGUGAGACACCAGAGAGUACACACAGGGGAGAAGCCCUACCCCUGUCCUGACUGUGGCAAGAGGUUCGCCCACUCAGGAGGCCUCCGAGAACACGAGAGGAUACACUCCGGAGAGAAGCCUCACUCCUGCUCCGUGUGUGAGAAGAGCUUCACCCAGAAGGGAAGUCUUAGAGUCCACCUACGGACACACACGGGGGAGAGACCAUAUUCUUGCUCCGUCUGUGGCAAGAGUUACACCCAAAAUGAAUUUUUGAAAGUGCACCAGCGAACACACACGGGAGAGAGGCCCUACUCCUGUUCUGUGUGUGGCAGGGGCUUUGCUCAGAUAGGCAACCUGAAGAAACACCAACGGAUUCACACCGGGGAGAAGCCUUACCAGUGCCCGGAGUGUGGAGCCAGUUUCACCCAGAAGGACAGCCUGAAGAUGCAUCAGAGGUCUCACACGGGAGAGAAACCUUACGUCUGCCUCGAGUGCGGGAAGGGUUUCCGCGACAACGGGCACCUGAAAGUCCACUUGAGAGUGCAUACAGGGGAGAAGCCGUACUCCUGCCCCGACUGUGGGAGACGGUUCAGCCAGGCAGACAUCCUGAAGAGACACCAGAUGGUGCACACAGGGGAGAAGCCGUACUCCUGCGCCCUGUGUGGGAGGAGGUUCGCCCAGCCUGGCACUCUGAAGUACCACCUCCGGACCCACGCAAGAGAGAACCAGACAGGGGGGCCUCAAUGCUGCCCAGUGUGUGGACAGGACCUCCCUACAGAGCAGGCUCUGAGAAAACACCUACAGGCACACAUGGGGGAGGACCUCGGUCACAACGGGGGACAGGAAGACGGGGAGGAGGAAGUUGGUGGUCUGAUCAAUUCUGAUGGAGAGGACGUUGGCUGGGACCCUUCUCAUCUUAGUGAGAGUCCUGUCCAUGGCUCUGGUAGUGAAGGAGGAAGUCCCCCUAAAUCACACAUCAACAAGGAUCCUGGUCACCAAUCCAGCACCAAAGCUAUAGAGUCUCAGGGUCCCGAUCCAAGACAUGAGGAGGACAUCACUCAAACACCUGGGAUGAACAUUCAUAUUGUAGAAGAGGGGAAGGAGGAAGUAAAAGAGGAGGAUGAAGUUGGUGGUUUCAUCAAUUAUGAAGGAGAAGAAUUUGACUGGGAUUCUGUUCAACAUAGAGAGAGCCCUAACUGUGGCUUAGACAGCAGAGCGAGUCCCGCCACAUCAGAACAUCCUGAACACCAGGAGAGUCACAAAACGAAGACGUCUCACUGCUGCUCGGUGUGUGGCAGAGAGUGCUACAAGCUCUCGGUACUACAGAUCCACAUGAGAAUCCACACGGGAGAGAAGCCGUACCCCUGCCCCGACUGUGGCAAGAAGUUCGCUCACCUGGGAGCCAUGAGACGACACCUCCUCACACACACGGGAGAGAAGCCCUACUCUUGCCCUGUGUGUGGGAAGAGUUUCACCCAAUCCGGACAUCUGAGGGAGCACCAGCAGUCUCACAGUGGAGAGAAGCCUCACCUGUGUCUGGUCUGUGGGAGAGGGUUCUCUAGAGCGUCACACCUCAGGAUCCACCACAGAGUUCACACAGGGGAGAGGCCGUACAGCUGUGACUACUGUGGGAAGAGAUACGGCCGCUGUCAGAAGCUACGGGCUCACCAACGGACACACCACAGUGACAGGACGCACGCUGAUACUGGAGAGGAGACGGAGUGAAUGACCACGAGGCUUUGAACGCAAGACGUGAUCAGCUUAGUAUUCCUAUUGGUGAUGUUAGCUCGGCUGGACAACAACAAUGAUACACGUUGAUUGUCAUCAGACAGGAGAACAAUACACUCCAUUGGAAUAGACAUGGUUCUAGAAUCCACCUAAAUGAUUCCCAGAGUUCUGAUGCAGGACACGGGCUGCUGGGGAGGGGACAGCUGCUGGGUGAAGUUCCCCUGCCUGAAUCCUAACCUUAACCAUUAGUGGGGAGAUGCAAAACUGACCAGCGUCUCGGGGCAACUUCACCCUACUCUGUUUGGGGGAAAGAAUGGGGAGGCUUUAUCAGUAAGUGUUGACAGUAGAACUACGGGUGUUUGUUAGUAGGGUGGACAAACACAACUAUUAACCUUAUGAUGAAGAACGAUAGGCUCGGUUAGAACAAUUUACAAUGGACGUGGUUCUACAUUCCACUCGAAGAAAGCACCCAGUUCUGAUGGAGAGAUGAAAUAAUCAGUGCUGUUCAGUUUGUUAUUGAACUUGAACCAGAGAAAGUGAACCCCCAAAAGAUGGCCGCUAGACGGUGUUCUAAAUUGGAAUCGUGGAACGCUUGUUCUCUGUCCACCACAUUCUGUGUGAGGAACCCCAGUUGAAAUGAAUGUUUAAAAAAAAAAAAUAGAAUGUUGAUGUAAUAAUUGUGUUCUAUAUUGGAUAACAUCCCAAAUAAUGUUCAAUCACAGGACGUUUUGAUCCCAGAGAGAGAGAGAGAGCUGUGGCUCCGUCAUUCAGUUCAUUACGCCACUAUAAGAUCGUAAACAAAGGUGUGUCAUGGUGAUUUGAAUAAAUAGGUGACAAAAACCUACCUAACUGUUUAAUCUAUUGAAUAAAAAUAAAAAAAGUUUCUGUUUUCGGGUACCA